GCAAAUAUGGAUAGUCAACAGUCAAUAUCAUCAAAAAGUCAAUUAUCAACAUCAAAAAGUCAGCUACCAUUAUCAAAAAGUCAAUUAUCAUCAACAACAUUAUCCCGACAACAAAUGGUACCAUCAUCAUCAUCAAUGAAUUUUAAUCCAAAUAAUCAACAACGACAAAUACGACGAUCAAAAUUUUUUCCAUUAUCAAGAAUACGGUAUUUUUUGGAAAAUUAUGCACAUUGUAAAACAAUAUCCAAUUCAGCAUCAAUGGGUUGUGCAAUUGUUAUUGAAAUUGCAUUAACAGAAUUAUUACAACUGGCUACGGAAGCAGCAAGAAAUGAAAAUAAACGUCGUGUUGGUAAUCGUCAUAUAAUUCUUGCAUUACAUAAUUCAUUAUGGUUACAAGAAUUAUUUGGUGGACAAAGUGGUAUGUUACAACCACCAACACAAGCUGAACAACAAUUAUCAUCAUUAUCACGAACAAAAAAAGCAAAACGUUCACGUUCACGUUUACGUUCACGUUCAUCUCGUUUGACAUCAAAUUCUCGUAAUCGAAUAAGAAAAAAAAGAAUAUCAUCACCAAAACGAAGAUUAACUGGAUCAAAAUUACGUAAAAUAUCAUCGAAACGAAAUUUACGUUAAGAACAUGCAAAACACCAGUGUUUUUUUUUUGUUCAAUG